AUGGCUGCCCUCGGGUCAGAUGUGCAAGCCACCAGUGUCGAGCUGGUCUCUGUGAUUGAGAAAAUGAAGGAGCGCAAGGCGCGGCUUGAAGAGCAAAUCUCUGCCGAGGAGGCCGAGUACGAAGGCUUGCUUGCCGAAGUACGCACGAUGCAGGAGCGACUCGCAGCCCUCAGAGACAGUGUCGCGAAGAAGCAGGCGGUGCGCGCAGACUUGGAGCGAACCAUAUCGGAGACGUACUCGGCAUUCAAGAGCAUCCUGGAUGCUUCGAAGAAGCUGUUGUCCACUGCCAAGGAGGAGUCAUCGGCACUCAAGUCACAAAUAGAGUGA